AUGUUUCUUGUUUCAAAUAAUAGCCUUAUCUAAUUAGUAUUGAUAUUUUUUAUCUUGAAUAUUAUUAUUUUUAUCGCUAAUAAAUAAAAUAGUUCUUUAAUUAUUUAAAAUGAGUUAAAUGUUGUCAAAAACUAUUAUUUCUAUUACCAAUAAGCUUUGAAAUAAUUAAUUAAUGUUUCAAUUUGUAAUUCAUAAUUAGAUUUUAUUACCAAAUAUAGAGACUUUCAAGUAAAUUGUAAUAGAGCUUAAAUCUUAAAAUAAAACUUGAAGAUAAAUUAAAUUGUUUUUAGUUUUAAUUAAUUCAUAAAAAAGUAUUUUGAGUUUAAACAAAGCAAAUAGAAUUUUCAGCUGAAAUUGCAAAUGAAACUAAAAAGUGGGAUAAUUCCUAUAAUUCAAUAUUUUUCAAGAAAUUUUUAUACUCUCUACUUUUAUUCUAUUGUUAAAGGAUUUGAAAGAGGAUAAUUCUUUAGUCUGCUUUUGAUUUUAGGAAAAGGAAUAUUGUUUAUUUUGCUAGGAAUUUAUAAUUCAGAUUACAUUGAAAUAGUAAAGUAUGACAAAAAUUUAAAAUUUAUUCAAGAUAAUGAUUACUUUAAUAGAUGGUAAACAAACAAUAAUGCAAAUUUGUUUUAGUUUAUAAGCCUUGCUUUAAAUUUUAUACUAAUUACUUAUUUUGUUAGCUGCUAUAUAAGUUUUAUUCUUUUUGGGUAUAAAACAACAAUUUAACCAAUUAUAAAAGGAUCUUUUUCCAAUACAAGUAACAUUGAAAUAGAUGAAGAUGAAUUCAUUACUAAACUGAAUAAAAAAAUGCAACUAAAAAUUUAUGAAAUGAUGAGUUUUUACAUAUCAAUAUAUUAAUUUUUAUUAACUACGCCUAUUUUUUAUUACAGCUUGAUGUAGAUUAGCCACCCUCUAGCUCCUAUAAAUAUUUUGCUUACUUUGAUUUCUGGCACAUUUAUAAUUGACUCAGACUUUGACUAUUCUGUAAAUACUAAAGAUUGUAUGAGUAGACCAUAUAAUCCAUAUAAUGUUAUUAUUUAUUAUUUAGACUUUUUGAUUAUGCUAUUAAUAGUUAAUACUAAUUUUAAUUAAGAUACUUUGUUUUUAGGAAUUUAUUUUUUGAUAAACGGGUGGUUUUCUUGCCGCAUUUGCACAUAUUACUAGUAUCAAACUAGAUUUUGGAAUACCUUUACUUAUCUUUAUUUAGGUAGUAUUUGCCUAACCUAUUAUAUUUGCAUAUAAGUAUAAUCCAAAAUAAAUAUACCAUCUCUAAUGACAGUUUUAUACUUACCAAUUUUCUAUAAAAUUGCUCAUUAUUUUUGCAUAUGGGAAGAUAACACUCACAAUACACUUAUUAAAGAUAUCUUCGAAGAAAACAAUAAUGUUAGCUUAAAAAUGGUAGAUAGAGUUAUUAGGUUAUAGGUUUUUAAUGAUUUGCAAACGCAAAAAGUUAAUGAUACUUAAAAAAUAGGAAUUUAUAGCUAAAUAAAUAAGAAAAAAUAAUAGUUUCACUAAGAAUCAAUAAAUAGCAUCUAAACAUAAGCAACAAAUUAGCUUUCUUUAAAAAUCUUAGUAAAAGAAAUAGAAAAUGGGGAAAAUGAAAAUCAAAGCAUCAUGAAGUUUUUUAAAGAAUAAAUAUAAAAACUUUCAAACAAAAAGAGUGAAUUAAAUUAUAGAUUUGUUUAUUUAUUAUUUUUGCUUGAAGUUAUUAAAUGCACUAAAUCUUAUUUCUAUGAGUUUUAAUAAAUGAGAAAGUAGAAGAUUGGUCUAAAGUAGGAGUAAAUUUUAAAGAGUAUUCAUAUUAACUUCUUAAAGUAGAGAUAAGUUUUGUAACAGACAUUGAUGUUUUAAAAUAAUUUCGACUAAUUAUUUUAUAGCGUAAUAUUGUAUGAAGAAAAAAUACAAUAAAUGUUCCAAAUGAUGGACAAGGCAAUGGAAUAAAAAGUAGAAUUUAUUUCUCUUUUAAAAAACAAAUAAAUAUAAGUGUAGGAUUUGAUCAAAAAAGUAAUUGAAUUGAGAGAAAUUCAAUAAAAAAUAAGAAAAGGUCUAAAUGAGUUGUCGAUAAUUAAUAAUUCAAAUAGAGACUUAAUUACUCUGUAAGUUUGUUAUUAAGAAACUCUUUCUUUUGAAGAAAAAGACUUAAUUAUUGAUUUUGAUUUAUAAAACAUAAAUGAGGUUCAUGUCUCAUAAAUUAAUACUUAGAUUAUUAAGUAGAAGUUUAAGUUAAGAUAGAGUUAUAAAAAGAGUCUAAUCAACAAAGAAUUUUUUAAUUAAAAUAAUUAUUACGGAGAUUUAAAUGUAUUUAGUAAGCAUUCUUGUGUUUUAUUUGCUUCAUUUGAAGAUAGCUCUAAUUUGUAUAUCAAAAAAGUAUCUUCAAAUUUCACUCGCUUGUUUGGAAUUAACUAGAAAGAAGCAGUAGAUAGGAAAAUAGAGGUAUUAAUGCCUCCUAAAAUUUAAGUGAUAAAAAAACAUAAAUAAUAUAUUAUUAACUACUUUUAAAAUGAAAAUAAUAAUAUUUCUAACUUGAAAAACAAACUUUUAUUUGGUUUUUAGUAAAAAGGAUUUAUUUUUCCCAUGAAAAUUGAUGUACGCCUCAAUUACUGUAAUGGACUAAACGAAGUAGGUAUGACAGCCUAUAUAGAGCUAAUAGAUGAUGAAAAUGAAUAUAUUUUAUUUGAAUCUGAUUCUUUGAGUGUUAUAGGAGUUACUUAAAAUCUUUAAUCGAAUAUUUUUACUAAAUAUAAUAUUUCAUCACUAAAGUAAAUAGAUUUAGGUCAAUUCUUUCCAUUCCUAUACAAAUUAAGGUAGGACAGGAAAACCAAAUAAUUGAAUUAAUAACAGAAAAAUCUGACAAGGUUAGAUUCUGAAACUAAAAAAAUUAAUUCGUUGAAGAAAUUACUUUCUUAAUAGAGUUUUAAAGAAGAAACUAAUGCACAAACAGUAAAAAAUUAGUUUGAAAAUUUUUAACUAGAAAAUUAAGAAUAUUUGCUUAUUAUUUAAAAUAUUGAAUUUUCAAAUGAAGUAAAAAACUAAGAAGCUAAACUUUAAAACUUUUCUUUCUUUUUACUGGAGAUAAGUAUGAUUAACUGUGAGUAUAAGGAUAUUGAAAAUUUAUAAUAUCUAAAAAUUUCUAAAGUAAAAUUUAUUUACCCAGAGUUCCAUUCACCUAUUAUAAUUAAAUAUCUUAAGGAUUAUAAUGAGUUUUAUUCUAAAAUAUUUACAAAAGCUACUUUAGAAGCUUUAAAGGCUCAAUUAGAAAAUCAGCUAAUAAGAAUUGGAUCGUAAGAUAUAAGCAUGACAAAUUUUUUAAAAAUCUAAUAAAAUUAAAAGGAAAACUAAUUUAUGAAAAGCAAAGAAUUUUAAGCUUCAUAAGAUAAAUAACAAUUUUUAGAUCAAAAGGUUCUUGGUAAAUUUAGUGAAAACGAGAAAACAUCUUCUAAGAACUUAUAAGAAUAUAAAUUAUAAAACAAUACAGGCAAUUAAUUAACUUACAAAAUUAAAGAAAAAAAUUCUGAAGAAUAAAAAACAUAAAAAAAAACAUUAAUAAUUAAUUGCACCUAAAGUAUUAAUUUUGCUGAGGAAAAUAGCACUCCUUCAAUUUAUUCCCCAAUAGGAGUUUAAAGUUAAACUUUUAGAAGCUAAGAAGCUCUGGCUUAGGAGUAUAUCAAAUAAUAUUAAUCCUAAUAAGAGGAAGAAAAUUAUAUUUUGCCAUUAACCUCUAAUAGAAGAGAGACAAAUAGAGAGCUUCUCAGUGAAGCUAUUAUUAAUAGUUAAACAAACGUUACUUCUUUUUAAUAAAAAGCUAAUAUAGAUGAAAAUUAAUUAGAAAAUCCAUAUUAUUUGUAAAUAGACAAUAGAAAUGUUUAAAAAAACUAAGAAAAUUUAACAAAAUGCGAUAGCAACUUAAAAGAAAUGUGCUAAUUUAAUCAAAAAGAAUAAAUUUGCUCUCCCCUUUACAGUAAUAAAGAUUCAACAUCUUUGAAAUUCAUUGAAAAAGUAAAAUAAGUAAAUAAAUAGUAAAAAUUUUAUUAAACUCAAGAAUUAACACCUUAAAACUUCAAGAAUAUAAAUUUCAGUAAGAAAUCGACUUAAAUAUUUUCAUCGAAGAAAUAAUAAAAGUCAAUGAAAAAAAAGAUCAAAGAAGAAAUGAUAGAUAAUAGUUCUUCUUGCAUGUCAAGAGAGUCCACUUCAUCUAUAAAAAAAAGACUUAUAAAGACUAUAAGAAGACACGAUAAUUUAAAAGCAAUAAGAAUUGUUAAUUUAUUUGGAUUACUAACAUAUCUAGCACUUAUCAUUAUUUCGAUAUAAUAGUACUGUUCUUUUAUGGGUACUGUAGACACAAUGAACCAAAAUCUUAAUUCUUAAAGUUGGCCUUCUGAGGUGGAAAAUGAAAUUACCAGAUAAGUCCUUGUUUAAAAUAUCAUAAAAAGCAUAAGAUAAAAUAAUUUCACUUUUCCAUCUACUUCUGAUUAGUAAAAUUAUGAUGCUGUUUUAUUAUCUUACUUAAAAUAAAGCUAUUCUUCAUUUAAGAAUUAAUUGCAAAUUAUGGAUUUUAGUUUGAAUGGAAAAAUGCUCUUCGAAAAAAUAAGCAAUUACAACUCUUCUUUUUAAGCUGAUCAUUUUUACAAUCCUUUAAAAAUUAAAGGUUCACCUUCAACGAGAUCAAACUACUAUUUUGAAGAAAAAAAUUCUUCUUUGCUUUACUCAAUAAUUUUUGUUAAUUAUUACAUGUACAAACAAUCUAUAAAUCCUAAUGGAAAGCUUCAAGAGAUUAGUGUUUUAUUAAACUUGAAUGAAAUCAUAUCAGGGAUUAUAGACACGAAAUUCUAUUUUUAAAAUUACUAAAACUAAUAAGUUUAGCAAAUUUAGAACCAAUUAUCAGUUUUGAUUGCUAUGAUUUUAAUAAUUUCAGCUUUUUGCUUACUUUGUGUACUUCCACUCUAUUCUUAUACUUAAAAAAGAAAAGACAAAAUUAUCUAACUUUUUUGUACUUUUCCAGUUAACUUACUUUAAAAUAUGAUUAUUUAAAUUAGACAAUCAUAUUAUUUAAAUAAAACUAUGAGUCCUUAUAUAAAAAAUAUACCAGUUGAAAUCGAAAUACUCAAUCAUAAAUCAUCUAAUGAGUCUGAGAACCAAAAAAAGUAAACCUUAAGCUAGAUAACAAAAUUACCUCAUUUUAGCUAUUCUAUAUUGAUCAUUAUUUGUGCUGCUUACUUAAUAUUAGCGUUUUAUCCCAUUUUCAAUAAAAUUUUUAUCUAAAAAUAUCUGGACAAUUUGAAUAACAACUUAAUGAUGCUAGAGAAUUUAAACUUGGCAAGAACUCAUAUACUUUAUAGCUCAGCAAUAGUGUCUCACGGAUUCAAUAUGAAAGUAUAUCCUAACACUAAGCUGGUGAAAUUAUAAGAUUACAUUUCUGAAAUAAGAUCUACAAUGAGUAGAAACUAAUAAAUGCUAACAAAUUUAACUCAUAUUUCUGAAUAACUUAAUAGAAAUGAGAGAUAUUAACAAGAUUAAUUUGACCAUUUCUUUUUUCCUUUGUUUGAAGGAGAUAUGUGCUCUUUGAUUGCAAACAAUUCAUAAUACAUCUCUAAUUCUACUAUUUUUAAUCCUAAUUUUUGUAAAAGCAUUUAUAACGGCUUCCUUUAAAAAGGACUAAAAUUAUCUGCCCAGUAUUUUAAUUAAAAGCUGUAAGAUCUAUAUGAAAUAAUAGAAAUUAAUAAUAAUGAUUAAUUAUUGACAGCAUAAAAAGGUUUAUUUAAAUCCUUUAAUAUUGAUCAUUACUCCUAUCUAAUUGUUUAUUUAGAUGAAAUAAUGAAAAUUAUGAAGGAGUUUCUUCUUAAAAACUGUUAUAAAUAUUAUGAUUAUUUAUAACUUAUUUAAUUAAUUUUAAUUAUUUAUCAACUUUUUAUAGUAACUAUAAUAUUUGGUGUAUGCUGGUAUUCAUUCAGUAACUCUAUAGCUAAUUAAAUAACUAAGAUUAAGCAUCACCUCUAGGUUAUAAAUGUCUAUUAUCUGCUUGAAAACAAUUUCAUUCUAAAAUUUGUUAAGAAUAAUAUGAAAUUGUGA